GGGGUGCACAAUAAACUAGCCGCCUUUGGCGGCAACAAUCAAUCGUUAAAUGAUAGUGUAUGGGGUCAUUAAUAACUGGGCCAAAGUAAGUGGCUAACGAAGCGUGUGCAGGGUGCACAUUCUCCACUGAAGUACAUAAUUGACAAUGAUGGAGGAUUAUGAAUGUGUCAGAAUAUUGCGUCAGCCGCGGGAGACGAACGGCCUCACCUGAACUCGACUUCAGGAACGAGUCUGGGACAGAACGGCGGCCGCCACAAACGUUUGUCAGGGUUGGCAAGCGGGAGCGUAAGUCGGGCGGUACUGGUUGUUCUCGUGUUGUAGGGCGGCCCGCGUACACAUAUAUAUUGGCGGGAAGCGUGUUCUCUCCAUCACUCUCGCACCGGUAGUCAUGAUAAGCGCCAUGCUCGCUCACCCUCUUCCCCUCCACUGCCAAGAAAGGUUCCACUCUACUGACUUCCAGCAAGUGACGCGUAUAGUGUUCAAAUCCACGCCCACCCGCUUCCCAAUACACCAUGGCGUCCCAAUACAACAUGGAUGACCAAUACAACAUGGAGGACAUCCAUAGUGCCCUGAACGCCGUCCUUCCCGAGACGGCUGAGCAAAACUAUAUCUCAGGGCUGGACGCUAUCGCCAGUUUUGACUUGGACAUGGUUGUUGCUUAUCUGGAUUCAUUAUCAGACAUGUCAUCCAACCAUUUGGGUGAUGGUGAGGGAGCCACCAGCGGCCACAGUGGUGUCGACGGACCACCAGAAGCACCAUUAUCAGCCUCAGGAUGGGACCCACAGGACCACCUGGGACGUGAAGGACCAGCCUCAGGAUGGGACCCACAGGACCACCUGGGACGUGAAGGACCAGCCUCAGGAUGGGACCCACAGGACCACCUGGGACGUGAAGGACCAGCCUCAGGAUGGGACCCGCAGGACCACCUGGGACUUGAAGGACCAGCAUCGUCAAGGAAGACCAGUGAUCACGUGGGACUUCGUGUUGUUCCGUGUUCAGCCCGAGAAGAUAGCGGCGAGUGCUUCAUGAUGGUUGAUCCCAACCAGGUGCUGGCCCAGAACCGAACUCCUUCCCCUCCUAGUGCUCUCUACGACCUGUCUCACUUGUUGACUGAUGAAUGCAGCCAGUAUCUUUCAGAGGAUAUUUCAAGGGAACAACACAGUGUCUACCCACAAGAAUCAGAGCACCGUGCUCAUCCAGCUGGAGCUCUGUCUGGGGCCACAGAAAGUCCCUAUUCAUCAAAUCUACCAGCAGGAACACCUCCUCUCCGUUCCUCUUCCUCUGCCCUGGAAGCCGUGCUCGGGACGCGACCCGCCACUAGAAAAGGUUACCACCACAGAGUCACAAGAAAAUAUUUGCCAGACGGCGAAGAGAAGGAAAAACGUAGAAAAAAACUGAACAAUGUGGCGUCGAAGGACUAUCGUGAGAAUAAGAAAAUGACUUUGAAGAUGGUCGAGCAGUUGUUGGAGGCGGAGGAGAAGCGACAGCAGCAGCUGACGGCCAAGCAACAGUCCCUGAAAUUACAAGUACAAAGGUUCCGGGAGAUGUAUAAGGUAUAUUUUGGUGAAACAGUGCCUUUCACUUAGGACUUACAGGUGCUGCUAAUUGACUCUUAACACAUAACCUGUUAGACCCACAACCUGAUAGAUAGAGUCAAUAGACAGUACUGACAGGACCUCUGACGGGUAUCUGUCCUGUAUAUCAUUAUCAAACCAAUUCUAGCCAAAGACCUCAGACAGAUGUUUGACGAAUAUCAGAGCACACGCGGCUCUGAUAAAGCCAAUCACAGCCACGGAUGUGGGCUCUCUGCUGCCAGGCCCUUCACCGAGAAUAAAUUAACUGAUGACCUAACAACAUGUGAGGCAACACCAAGCCCCUAACCUCACCAGGAGGGGUUCCAGGAGGAGCCGGAGCACACACAACAGUCUCUAGGGCGUAUAUUACAUAUACUCUUGAGAGGUGAUAUCUGCUUGAUGGGGUUCUGGGAGUUCUUCUACUCCCCAAGCCCGGCCCGAGGCCAGGCUCGACUUGUGAAGUGAUCCCUAGCUUCUCCAUCACAUACACAUACUGAGCCCUGACCAAUAUCCUGAGCUACAGUAUACUUACUGGAUGGUUAGUAAACUCUUGUGGACGCUUAAAUGACCCUCCAGAUCUUGCCUGACCCAGGUGAAACUGACCCAGGUGACACUGACCCAGGUGACACUGACCCAGGUGACACUGACCCAGGUGACACUGACCCAGGUGACACUGACCCAGGUGACACUGACCCAGGUGACACUGACCCAGGUGACACUGACCCAGGUGACACUGACCCAGGUGACACUGACCCAGGUGACACUGACCCAGCUAGGGAGAACAACAUACCGUGAGCGACCUGAUAAAAACACACACACCUAAAACUACGGUGUGUUUUAUUGUGUUCGGAGAUGUAGAAUGUUUUUUAUGGCGAAUUUGUAAAUAUUUGAUUCAUGUUAUUAUUUAUGGACUGUGAAA